UGGUGAUUUUAAAACAGCCGCGCCAAAAAAGUCACGCAGAGCCCCGCCCCGGCCAUGUGCAUGCCGCUCAUGUCUUCUCGUCUCACGCUGCGUUCUGCAUAAAAUGUGUGUCAGUAGGACAGCACUUUCCACGGCACAUGCAGAGGGCACAUGCAGCGUGGCUUUACCAGCGCAUAUCAUGCUCGAAUAAGCGCAUCCAGCUCAGCGCUUACACACCCGCCAAUGAGAACGCACGACGGGAAAAAGAGGAAAUAGAAACCAAGGAGAUCCUGGGGCACGUUACAGUGAGAUAAAUCACCGUCAUAGAGACCAACAACAGAGGUAGACGAUUCCACUAAAUCGACUCACAUUUGCCAGUGAGUCACCUGAAAACGUGAUUGAAGUGGGUGUGUAUUGGUGAGAGCAUUGUCAGUACGAUUGAGUUUGACAACCCCACAGUGAUGCUAAGGUACUACAGUGAGACAUCAUCCCAGCAUAGUUAAUGCGUCUUUCAUACUAGAUAGAAAGCAGAGUGUUCAGGUAGCUCGCGCUGAAGGUGCAACUAUUCACCUGUGACCGUGUCGGACGUGACAGAUCCGUGAGUGUAUUUUUAUCCACUAUUUGGCUGGAAUGCCAAAUGCUCUGCACGAGAGAUACUUUCUUGCCUCUUUUGGGCUACACGCUGUAUGCGCAGGUAUUUCGGGACUUUUCACCUGUUUUCAUCCGAUUUUUGCUUCCACGUAUUGAGACUCGGAAAGUUUUUUGAAGACAGAGACUCUGAAACAUAUCAAGGAUGGACAGCAGUCCUGGAAGUGUGAUACUGUAUGCUGGUUCCAAUGGCAGUCCCAGCCCAAGCCCGGGAAGCCCUUCUAGUGGUUAUGAAACCCAAUCUCCCUCCUCUCACUCCCAGCCCUCCUCUCCAGAAGAGGUUACCUUCACUGAGAUCGGGGCCCUCAAGCAGCAGAGAGGUACUCCAUCCUCUCCAAAACUGGUUUUUCAGUUUCCUGAUGUCUACAACAACCCCUCAACAAACUCAAACCAGCACAACUACUCUCAUCCCAUCGCUUGCAAAAGGCCGUGUGGGUUCACCGGGACGUUUACCAAAACAGGAGGCAUGGUGCUCUUAUGUAAAGUGUGUGGAGAUAUUGCAUCAGGAUUUCACUACGGUGUGCAUGCAUGCGAAGGAUGCAAGGGUUUUUUUCGGCGAAGCAUUCAGCAGAACAUUAACUACAAGAUGUGCGUGAAGAACGAAAACUGCAUGAUCAUGCGCAUGAACCGAAACCGUUGCCAACACUGCCGCUUCAAGAAAUGCCUGUCUGUCGGCAUGUCCCGUGACGCUGUCCGUUUUGGCCGCAUCCCUAAGCGAGAGAAGCAACGUCUGUUGGAUGAGAUGCAGAGCUACAUGAACGGCCUCAACGAAUCAUCCACCAUGAACAUGGAAACCUCUCCACCACAGGAGCCGCCCAUCAGGCCCAAUGAGAGCCAAUCCAAAGAGGCCAUUGGUGCCUUAUCCCGAGCGUACCAGGACAUCUUCACAACCACACAGGACCGCAUGAACCAAAUAGCCGGCAACAUCAACACUAGCAGCAGAUCAGGCACCUUUCAGAACAAUCCUUCUCAGGACGUCAACUACCCUCACGCUGACCCUCUUCUGGGGUACCACUCGGCCCCUACCACCGAGAGCAAGUGUCAAGUACUAAUGGACAACAAUCGGUACAGCUACGCUUCAAAAAUCAAAAAUCACCAAUUAAGCUCGUCCCCGACCCCGCAACCCACUCAGGCCAACUACAACAGCUAUCCGGUUAGCAAGACCAAAAGCAAGACCUGCCCGUUCAAGCUACCUGCCGGCUCUAAAGUGCUGGCCUGUCCGUUGAACGCGUUCCCUGUGUCAGCACCUGGCAUCUCCAGUCAGCAGGUGUGGGAAUCGUUCUCACAGUGUUUUACCCCAGCUGUGCGUGAAGUGGUGGAGUUUGCAAAGGGUAUACCAGGGUUCCAAGAGCUUUGCCAUCAUGAUCAAGUCAUGCUGCUGAAGGCGGGAACUUUCCAGGUGCUUAUGGUGAGAUUUUGCUCACUUUUCAACUACAAGGAAAGAACAGUCACUUUUAUAAAUGGGCAGACAUACCCACUGGCGACUCUUAGGGGACUGGGCAUGGGCUCCUUGUUAGAUGCCAUGUUUGAGUUCAGUUCGAAGUUGUGCUCUCUUGGCCUGGAGUCGGAUGAGAUGGCACUUUUUAUGGCUGUGGUGCUGGUUUCUGCAGAUUGCCCUGGCAUUUCGGACACAGUGGCUGUCGAACAGUUACAGGAGAGCCUCAUCCGGGCGCUGCGCACCUUAGUGACCCGUCGUCAUCCUGACGACAGCUCCCUCUUCCCUAUGCUGCUCCUGCGCCUGCCAGAUCUGCGCACCCUCAACAGCCUUCACUCCGACAAGCUACUGGCCUUCCGCAUCGACCCCUGAGAUAUUCCUAUUGGUCAAUGCAAACGCCGCUCAACCAAAAACCAAUAACAGCUUACCUACUUUUAUGAAGAGGAUGAAUUCGCAUCUAGAUGAAAAGCAAGUUUCUAUACGAACCAUUCAUUACGUUGUUUUAAUAAGUAGCAUGGUGAACAGACACUCUCUAGUGAUCUAAACAAAACUGUAUCUCCAUUUAAGCUUUGAUUGAUCAUAUGCAUGGACAUGAAUCCUCUGGCCUUCUGUUUACCAGUCAUAUCAUCAUAAAUAAGCUUGCCACUGAACUUUUCAGACCAAAACGGGUCAUUUCUUUGUACUUCCUGCAAUGAAAGUACACAGGGUUUUUAGUUAGCAAGUACACAAUGUAUGCAGUAAUUUUAGGGACCAUUCUAAGGCAGGUGAGUGUGUGUGCCUAUGUGUUUGAGAAAGGGACAGAAAUACAAUGUAUAUACGACGUAGAUUUCCCUUAUAAUCACAUACAUGAUACAAAUGUACUGUAACUACAGAAUGGCUAUAUAGUUAUCAUUUAAAUUGUUUGAAUAUGAUAAAUAAACCAGUUUUAAAUGUCAUUUCACGUUUGAAAUUUGA